CAACCAUAAAUAACACUUUCAGAACUGUAACAACAGAAAUAUUUAAUAUUAGAAAGUUUCCUAAUUUAGAAAAAUUAAUCAAAAGAAAAGAACGACUUUCGUUUGUUUAGAAUCGCCUCCAACAAACGCUCAGUAAGUAAGAAUGAAGUGAAAUUAAUUAAUUGGGACGUCCCACUUAUUUCUAGCAAGCCGGCCAGUCGUCAUGGUUUAGAGGAAGCUAAUAAAACCAUUGUGUACAAAUCCAAUGCGACAACACAAAAACACUGUGUCGAAAUCGGAAGAGUGAAUGUUGUACUCUUAUUUCCUGAAGAUUGAAUACCUGUGUAACUACCUGUUGCUGUUCGCAUAUUAUCCAGUUUUGUUGUGAAACGUGCUUGCAAGUAAGACAAACGAUGGACGUAGUGAGUGUAUGAGCGUACCUAGUGGAAAUGACAUUUAUAGAAACGUGAACGGGAAAAGCCAUGGCGAAAUCAACAGCUGUAGAAGAUCUCGGACCGCCGUUAAAAUUUGACCCCCAAUUCAACGGACCCUUAAAAAACAGGUCGUGUACAGAUAUAAUAUGUCUACUUCUCUUCCUUGUGUUCAUCGUAGUCUGGAUUGGAUUGGGUGUAAUAGGCAUAAGCAAAGGAGAUCCACAAUUGCUACUAGCACCGAAGGACAGCAACGGGCGAAGAUGUGGCAUGGACGAGGGUGUUACAGAUAAACCUUAUUUGUUUUUCUUUGACCUCACUGCUUGCUUGGUACCAAGUAUACCACCUAAGUGCCAAACACCACAGAUAUGUGUAUCGAAAUGUCCGAACGAUAAUUACGUUAAAAAUAAUUAUGGUAAACUCGAUCCGGAAUAUAUUUAUAAUUCCAUGGAACCAAAUUGGUAUAUGAAGAGUCAUCCAGUUUUAAACCGCUGCCUUUAUAAUGUUGCUGACAGGAAAGCGUUUAAAAUUGGAGGAAAACAUUAUGACGAUGAUGAAAUAGCUGUGUUUAAAAAACAAUUAGCCUCUACUGAAAUGUGGGCUACAAUGGCUGUUCAAAACGGCAUAUCAGUAAUCACGAACGACACUAAGAUUAUACAGUUUGGUCAAGUUGUCGUUAAAGACAUAAUUUAUUCCUGGUGGAAGAUACUGAUUGGAGCUGGUGGAGCAGUUCUAGUAUGUUUGUUGUAUGUUUUCAUGUUAAGAUUCAUAGCUGGAAUAAUGGUUUGGAUAUCCAUAUUUGGAAUAGUGGCAUUGACUUCUGCAGGAGUGUAUUUUACACAAAAAAUGUAUAGAGAAGCAUUGGAAAAAUCAACAGGAAAUGAAGGAAUCAUAACCGAAAAGCACUUGUGGCUACUUGGCCUAAUAGUUUUAUCAGUUGUUUUAGUUAUUAUUUUAUUGGUUAUUAUUUUCUUACGAAAAAGAAUUGUUCUUGCGAUUGCUCUUAUUAAGGAAAGCAGCAAGGCUGUAAGUUCAGUAACUUCAAUAUUCAUUUUCCCUUUGAUUCCGUGGAUUCUACAAGCAGGAGUAUUUGCUUACGCGUUAAUUGUAGGAUUGUACUUAGCUACAACUGGCAAUCCAAUUUAUAAAUAUAAAGAUAUGGGUUCCACUAAAUGUCCACACAUUGGACAACCAUGUGCGCCAAAUACAACAACUUCAAUGGAAUGCUCUUGCGAUUUUGUUGGGACGGAAACUACGUCAUAUUAUACAUAUAUGCAAGUUUUUAAUCUAUUCGGUUUCUUUUGGUUAAUCUUCUCCGCAUCUGCGUUUGGUCAAAUGGUUUUGGCCGGAGUGUUUUCUCAAUGGUACUGGACAUUUAAAAAACGCAAUCUGCCAUUCUUUGCAGUAUCAUCGGCAACCUAUAGAACCUUACGAUAUCAUGUUGGUACUUUAGCAUUUGGAUCCCUUAUUAUUGCCAUUUGUCGUAUGAUUAGGGUGUUCUUGGAAUACCUCGAUCACAAAUUGAAAAAAUACGAUAAUGCAUUAACAAGAGCCAUUCUCUGUUGCUUGAAAUGUUUCUUUUGGUGUCUUGAAAAGUUUUUGAAGUUCAUUAAUAAAAACGCGUACAUUAUGUGCGCAAUUCAUGGAAAGAACUUUUGUACCAGCGCUAAGGAUGCCUUUGGUCUAUUGAUGAGGAAUAUUUUAAGAGUUUUUGUAUUGGAUAAGGUGACCGAUUUUCUCUUUUUCCUCAGCAAACUGUUAAUAACUUUAGGAGUAGGAUCUGUAGCAUAUGUAUUCUUUGCAACUGAUCUCACAGGAAUAGAUAAUUCCAAUAUAACAUAUGGUCUGGUACCUGUUAUUGUGAUAAUGAUAAUUACUUACCUUAUAACUAUCGUCUUCUUCAAUGUAUACAGUAUGGCUGUUGAUACUUUAUUCCUUUGCUUCUUGGAGGAUUGUGAACGAAAUGAUGGAAGUCCUGAAAAACCCUACUUCAUGUCAAAGUCUUUAAUGAAUGUCUUGGGUAAAAAGAAUAAGCAUCAGUAACACUGUCUGAAAGGAACCAUAUUAGUGAUAUUUUACCAAAAAACAUUUUUUAAUUAUUUUAAAUACAUUAACAUUAUUUUAAUUAUAAUAU